GAGCUGCCGGCGUUGCCCGGGAGAGGCAGCCCCGCCGCCAGUGAUGAGAGCCGCCGACUGGUGCCGGAGCUCGGCGGGGGCCGCCCUGAUCCUGGCCACGUCCAGCGAUGCUGAGCACCCCGCCGAGAACGUGGCGGAUGGAAGUUCCAAAACAUUUUGGACGACGACAGGCAUGUUCCCACAGGAAUUGAUAAUUGGUUUUCCCAAACGUGUAAAAAUCAGCAAAGUCGCCAUCCAGUGUUAUUUGGUGCGGACCUUAAGGAUUGAAAGAAGCACAUCUAAAGACCCUGUGGGUUUUCAACAGUGCGUUGAAAAAGAUUUGCAGCACAGAGAAGGACAGCUCCAAAUGGAAGAAUUUCCACUUCCUGAGUUUGAAGCCACUUACUUGCGUUUCAUCAUCAAAUCUGCCUUUGAUCAUUUUGUGUCAGUGCACCGGGUGAUGGCAGAGGGCACAGCAGAGCACACUUGAGCCCAGCUUAAAUUUGGGCCUCCAUUUCAUUUUUUAUAAGGAAGCUACACUUUGAUAGCUGCGCUGCAGAGAAUGUUUAUUAUUAGAACCUUGUAUUAAAGUGAUUUUUGAAGGUCUG